AGGAGGCGCUUCAUGUAAACUUAGUAGCUUGGUACUAAAAAUAUUUAUGCCGAGAUUCGAGACUAAACUUGUGUCGACGAGAUGAGAAAUGAAGCCAGCGAGGAUCUGGUGGACAUAGCCUGUGAAAUAAUGUGAUUAAAAGCGCAGUAGAGAUGUUGUUAACAGUUUGUAGGAAUCAUUUGCUUAGUUGUGUGAAAUGGCACGUAGCACCGAACAGGCUGACUACAGGCAGAAGGUGCACCAAGGUCCUCGAGUGCACAGGAUCAUCUGCGAUCUGGUGUCGGACCAUACAGCUGACACCCUCCAGAACAGAAACAAACCAGAUCCAGAGACUGAGAACCAGAUUUUCCUCUUCUGAUCAUCGUCUGGAAUGUGUUCACCUUUUUAAUCAAAUAGAUCCUGCAAAAAGUCUGCAAUGGAUUAAUAAAGGACCAGUAAGGACACACAGUGCUGCACUAACAGGACCACAUGUGAGCAGCUGGAACACUCGGAUCCUCGCUUUAGGUCAAGUUCUAAAUGGUGGGAUUAACAGCACGGUUCAUUUAAAGGGAUACUGUACUGCACCUCCAAAGCCUGAGUUUAAUGAAGACCAGAAAACUUUAAAGCAGGAACAGAACCAAUGUGCCUCCUCAACAUCUCCCUUCAACCAGGGACAGUUUAAAGAGCUGUAUGAAAAUCCAUGGACGAUCCCGAACUUCCUCUGCAUGGCUAGGAUUGUUCUUUCUCCUGUCCUGGGUUACUUGAUCAUAGAGCAGUAUUUCAAUGCAUCUCUUGGACUGUUUGUUUUGGCAGGAGCAACUGACAUGCUGGAUGGCUACAUAGCACGGAACUGGCCCAACCAGAAGUCUGCUCUGGGUAGCGCUCUGGAUCCACUGGCUGAUAAGAUUCUCAUUAGUGUGCUGUACAUUAGUCUAACAUAUGCACAGCUUAUUCCAGUUCCACUCACAGCACUGGUGAUUGCCCGGGAUGUUGCCUUGAUUGCUGCAGUUUUCUAUGUGCGCUACAAAACGGUUCCUCCUCCAGUAACCCUCAAUAAGUUUUUUAACCCAUGCUACAAAACUGCCCAGCUUAAACCCACCCUUAUAAGCAAGUUCAACACUGCAAUCCAGCUGUUUCUGGUGGCUGCAUCUCUUGCUUCACCCAUAUUUCACUACACUGACAGUGUUCUCUUGCACUCGCUGUGGUAUGUUACUGCACUGACGACCGCAGCAUCUGGUUACAGCUACUAUCAUUAUGGAAAGAAAACGGUGGAAGUCCUGAAUAACACGAAGUGAUCGUACAGUGUGGUGAUUAUCACCAGAUGAAAGUCAUUGCCUGACCUGACUGUGUAUAUAUUUCAAUGCUGAGGCCCUAUUUUCUUUAGAAAUGAAAUGUAUUAUUAUGCAUUGACCUACCUACCAAAUCAGGUUAUUUUCAUAUCAGUACUUAGCGGUCUUGUUAAUCCAGUCGACACACAGUCUCUGUGUGAUGUUAUUUUUUACCUUUUUGGAUCACCACCACAAUUUUCUGAUUAAAAACUGACUUUAAACCCCCAAA